CGGCACAUCGCAUAUGCUGAUAUUAUAAACGUACUCUCAUGAUGUGGUCAGCGAAUGGAAACCUGGUGACUCCAUACCCCUGUUUCUGCAAAGUAAGCAUGUUGUUAUUGGUUAAGUGAAAGAAACUGCACAGAAGGAUGAAGUUCAGAGUCCUCACACUCUGUUGGAAGACGUAGAAGACUGGGGUGUCCUUGGAGGAUAAGGUGUUAGAUGGGAAAGAUAAUCUAUCAACCUCUCACCACCUAAGAUCAAGGAACGCACCAGGCUCUCCAAAGUUCAUCCAUCAUUCUGCAAACCCAGCUGGAUUGUGAAAUCUCUCCACAGGGAGCCGCCAAGAUCUUCUCUUCUGUACUGCACUGCCCCUUGCUGGAGCAAUGACAAACCCAGUUAUAUACAAACAUUACAAUUAUACAGGAAAGCUGGACAAUCGGAACACCACCACGGGGGCUGAUUUAGGUCCCGAAAAGGUGGUGUUUCUGAUCAUAUGCAUCUUUAUUGUGCUGGAAAAUCUGAUUGUGCUGAUAGUAAUAUGGAAAAACCACAAAUUCCACAGCCGCAUGUACUUUUUCAUUGGGAAUCUAGCGCUGUGUGACCUUUUAGCCGGUUUGAUGUACUCUGUGAACCUGUUGAUGUCUGGUGAAAGAUCUCUGCAGCUUUCAACAGAAGAGUGGUUCAUUCGGGAGGCGAGCAUGUUUGUAGCACUGGGGGCGUCCAUCUUUAGUUUACUGGCUAUAGCCAUUGAAAGGCAUCUCACCAUGAUCAAAAUGAGGCCUUAUGACACUACAAAGAACUACAGAGUGUUUCUGCUCAUAGGGAUGUGCUGGCUGAUUGCCGUGGCUCUCGGAUUGCUGCCCAUUCUGGGCUGGAACUGCCUGGGCAACCUUCCAGAAUGCUCCGUCAUUUUACCUCUCUACGCAAAGAAGUAUGUGGCGUUCUGCAUCACCAUCUUCAUUGCCUUACUGCUGGCCAUUUUAGUACUGUAUGUUCGCAUUUACAUUUUGGUUAAAACUAGCAGUCGCAAGGUGAUGAAGCACAGCAGCUCCGAGCACUCCAUGGCCCUACUGCGGACAGUCAUCAUCGUCGUCGGGGUUUUCAUCACGUGCUGGAUGCCCAUCUUCAUCCUCCUGCUCACUGAUGUAGCCUGCAAGCCAAAGAAAUGCAGCAUCUUGUUUAAAGCUCACUGGUUCAUUGCGCUGGCUGUGAUGAACUCGGCUAUAAACCCAAUGAUCUACACCUUGGCAAGCAGGGAGAUGCGACGGGCGUUUUUCAGCGUUCUGUGUGGUGCUUUCGUGACGCCAUGCACAGGCAAGAAUGGAGAAGGCAACAGGAGUAAGAGUUCGAGCCAGAGUCAGAAACCAGCAGAAGAUCAGGGGGGAAAAGACAACGCUGUCAAUCAGCCAUCAUAGAGCAGCACAGACUGGACUGAGGCAUAAAUCUCAAAAGACUAGUAUGCAGCCAUGAAGUUUAUCUCUCUGGCUCAUAUCGCAGAGCUGCUCAAGCAGAAAAUCACAGACUGCCAUUUCUGUUAGAAAACAUAUAGUGGACUAAAUAGUCUGAUUCUUCUGUGCUUUAUGAAUAUCAUAUAAACAAUGAAAACCAUGUAACCAAUGUACAAUUUCAUCUACUAUUUAUCAGAGGAACACCUAUUCUGAACUGAAACACCAACUUUGCCAAGAAUGAGCAAACUUUUUGGAGCGAGACACCAAGACAUUUUAAACCGGAAUGGAAAUUUCAAACCAAGUCUUUUAACCAUCUCUUUUUUCCUUGUUCUAAAAACUCUUGUGUCAUGUAAUUUGCCCUUUUUUCACCAGACACAGAAUUCCAGAUGGUGGUGGAAAAAACGACAAGGCAGCCUCAAUUUCCUCUACUUCAUCACUCCGUUGGGCUCUACUUCAGCCACGCAAACUGAAUGAACUUAGUUGUACAUUAUGGACUUAAUCCAUAGGAAGUAGCAACUUUUCAAUGUCAGAUAAAUGCAAAUUGGACUUACCUUAGACUCCGAUUUACAUUUCAGCACAAUGAAAUCUACUUUACACUGCUAUGGACAACAUUAUAUAACUAUAUGUUUAACAUCUAGUACAUACAUAUUCUGGAUUAGUUUUUAAAACAUAUUUAUGUUCUUAACCAUGUAUUUGAAAGGCAUAUGUAAGAAAGUGUAAAAAUAUGCAAGGAAGUGUUUUUAUAUUAAUCAGGGAAAGAUAUUCUAUAAACCUCUCACCACCUGAGAUCAAGGAACCCAGUUCUCUGAAGUCCUUCCGUCAUUCUGCAAACCCAGAUAGAAACCUCUUUUACGUGGAGUAUCCAGGAUUUUCUUUUUUGUACCGCACUGCCCCCUGCUGGAGCAGUAAUAAACUCACCUAUAUACGAACAUUACAAUUACACAAGAAAGCUGGACAAUCGCAACACCACCACGGGAGCUGAUUUAAAUCCCAUGAAGGUAGUGUUUCUGCUCAUAUGCAGCUUUAUAGUGAUGGAAAAGCUGAUAUGUAAAAAAAACACACAUUUUACAGCCACAUAUACAUUAUUUUGGGAUUCUAGCGCUGUGUGACUUGCUGGAGUGUCUGAUUCUCUACUUGUUCAAAUGUUGUUAUUUCUGUAUUAUUAUUUUUGUGUAUAAUCACUGUUGGGGAAGUUUUCCGUGAGAAGGCAUUGAUGUAUUUGUUUUGGAAAAAGUCUUUAGUCCCAGUGCUUUGGAAGGAGUCUUCAGUCCCAGUGCUUUGGGAGGAGUCUCCAGUUCCAGUGCUUUGGAAGGAGUCUCCAGUUCCAGUGCUUUGGAAGGAGUCUCCAGUCCCAGUGCUUUGGGAGGAGUCUCCAGUCCCAGUGCUUUGGAAGGAGUCUCCAGUCCCAGUGCUUUGGGAGGAGUCUCCAGUUCCAGUGCUUUGGAAGGAGUCUCCAGUCCCAGUGCUUUGGGAGGAGUCUCCAUUUCCAGUGCUUUGGAAGGAGU